AUGAUGCAAUAUAAGAUACAGCUGACCUUCCGACAGCAAUGGAGUGACGAAAGGCUGAAAUUCGACGACAUGGGAGGGAAAAUUAAGCACGUGUCUCUGAGGGACCCGAGUACGCUGUGGAUACCAGAUACGUUCUUCCAGAACGAGAUCGAUGGGAAGACACACAACAUCAUGGUCCCGAACGUCUUCGUGAGGAUUUCUCCCAAUGGGAAGAUUCUCUACAGCACCAGGAUGUCGCUGACUAUGAGCUGUCCGAUGAACCUGGUGCUCUUCCCCAUGGACAAGCAGACAUGCCAGAUCCGGAUCGCCAGCUACGGGAAGACGACCGAUGACCUGGUUUUUCUCUGGAAGGAUGGCGACCCGGUCCAGAUCGUGAAAAACCUCCACCUCCCGAGAUUCACACUGGAGAAGUUCUACACUGACUACUGCAACAGUAAGACGAAUACCGGAGAAUACAGCUGCCUGCGAGUGGACCUGGUGUUCGUACGUGACUUACGGUACUACCUGAAACACAUCUACAUCCCGUCAAGUAUGCUGGUAAUUGUGAGCUGGCUGACCUUCUGGUUGGAUCGGAAGGCGGCAGUUGGGAGGGUGGGACUGGGGAUCAUCGUUUUGCUCACGAUGGCUGUGCAGUGCAGUUUCAUCAAUGCUUCGCUUCCGUCUGUAUCGUACACGAUGGCUUGCAGUGCAAGCAUUCCGAUGAUUGGGAUUCUCAAUAUACUAAUCGUUGUCUGUCUUACUCUCUACUUUUCCCUCAAAAGAGCCGUGGAAUACGUCAAUCAUUCCGCCCAGCAUCUCAUUGUGUACCUCAUACACCGAUACUUCCCAGAUUCUCUCCCCUCCGCCAUCGACGUGUGGACGGGCAUGUGCCUCACCUUCAUGUUCUUUGCACUCCUGGAGUCGGUCUUCGUGAGCUACGCCUCCAAGUCGGGCGUGCGUCGGGACCGAGACCAGACCGAGCUGGAGUCUGUCCCCUUCGAGGUGGAGAAGCCCAAAGCGGCCGCCAAGGGUCGCCUCUCUCUCUGGCUCAACAAAGUCCAAUCUCGACCCAGCAGGGUGGACGUCGUCUCUCGCAUCGCCUUCCCCGUCUGCUUCGCGCUUUUCAAUAUUGGCUACUGGGCAGGCUACGUCUAA